AUGGUCAAAACGAUCUACCAUGUCUUUUUGCUCGUAGUCUCCGAUUUAAUCACCCUAGAGACACGCUAUAUAGACGACUACAAGCAGCUUCAGAAUUCCCUGAUGACCGACUACUCUAACAAGAUUCGGCCACUUUAUCACCAGGAUGAAACUGUCCACAUAUACACAUCAUUCUAUCUGUCCACUGUUCUCGAGGUGGACGCCGUCCAACAGCGGCUGGUGACGACAGCGCACCUAGGCCUCGCAUGGAUAGAUGAAUUCCUGCAGUGGGAUGAAAGCCUUACAGGAAUCGAAAGACUUUAUUUCAAACAGAGGGACAUUUGGACUCCAGACGUGGUGCUUAAGAAUGGCGUUAAAAAGUUCGAGGAGCUGGGCGGAGAUUUCUACUACAUUAUGGUAAUACCGGACGGCACAACUUAUUGGUAUCCCUACCAGGUGUUCGAGAGCAAAUGCAACAUAGACAUAACCUACUUUCCGUUUGACACUCAGGUCUGCAAUAUCGUAUUCGCCAGCUGGAACUUCAGGUAUGUAGAGGAGAACGCUCCGAUAGACUUCUAUGACUAUGUAGAGGAGAACGCUCCGAUAGACUUCUAUGACUAUGUAGAGAAUUCCGUGUGGGACAUAGAGUGUACAACCUCUCACACGUCCUCUGAACAGAUUCCGGACUCUCAGGUCACCUUUACUCUGGUUCUCCGUCAUAAACCUUUAUAUUACGUCAUGAAUUUGAUUCUGCCAAUCGUUCUUCUAGGUGUGAUCAAUCUCAUGGUAUUUGUGAUCCCCGAGGACUCUGGAGAGAAGAUGUCGUUUUCCGUCUCUCUGUUUCUGGCGUUAGCAGUCUUUCUGUCCAUUAUUAAUAUGCAUCUUCCCACCAGUUCACAAAAACUGUCACAUUUUGGAGCAUUUCUCAUCUUUCAAAUGACAAUCGGUCUCGCUACAAUCGUUGUGUCAGCCUUUCAACUCAGACUGCACCAUCGGAAAUCUGAAAGAGAGGUCGGUAAGUUCUACAAAAGGAUUAUUCGUAUCGAAAGAUGUUUGAGAUGUUCAUUUACAAACUGUUCAAAAUCUUUUCGCUUGGAAAAAGUCAACAGAGAAGCGACUGAACGAGACAUAACAGAAGAUUUUGAUGACGUUGACUGGAAUGAUGUGUCGUCUGCCAUUGAUUUCUCGUGUUUCUGGAUAAUUUUAUUUUUCGAAAUACCGGGUAGUCGCAAUGACGGUCAUUAUUAUGACCAGGGAGUAGCUUCGGACACCAUUGGAAGUGGGAUAGUGGACACAUCAAAAUAA